GACCCUUGGCAAUUCAACGCCUGGUCGUUUUUUUUUAUUCGUUCCUGCUAAACAGUUGUUAUGUUGAGAGGCUUAAGAGAAAUGCUGACAAAAAGAAACACCUUGUGUGACGCAUCUAGGGAUAAUGUCGAAUGGAACGAGGAGCAACAAAAGUUUGCCGAAGAUGCAACGAUGAAGCAAGCUGCUAAUCCAGUUCCAGACGAGAUGAAAGUCAAGUUUAAUGAAGCACCGGCCGAUUUUUGGGAUACGUUUUACGCAACGCGCAAGGACACAUUUUUUAAAGAUCGAGCAUGGUUGCGGAACGAAUUUCCGAUCUUAGAACAAGCGGUCAAACCAGAUUUUGGUCCGAUCCGAAUAGCUGAACUGGGAUGUGGGCCGGGAAACACGGCAUUCCCGAUUUUAGCAGCCAAUGAGAACCCGGACCUAUUCCUAUAUGCGCUGGAUUAUUCCUCGAAAGCAGUCGAGCUUGUCAAGAACAACUCUCUCUAUGACCCUAAACAAUGUCUAGGGGCCGUAUGGGACAUGAGCUCCUCUGAUAUACCCCAAGAGAUUCCAGCGCACUCGUUGGACGUGGUCAUCAUGAUUUUCUGUUUCAGCGCUUUGCAUCCUAAGGAGUGGUCACAAACCGUCCGUAACUUGUGGAAAAUGCUCAAACCCGGGGGGGCCUUGCUUUUUCGUGAUUAUGGACGCUAUGAUCUUGCUCAAUUACGGAUGAAGGGCUCUCGAUUCCUGGAAGACAAUCUAUAUGUGAGGGGAGACGGGACACGUGUUUACUUUUUCGAUAAAGAUGAACUCGCCGAAAUAAUUUGCCAGGACCUAAAAGAAGACACUUCCUCUGAAUUCCCCCCAAUUGAAGUCACGGAGUUGAGCCAAACUGAAUCGAGUUUAAACACACUCCAGCAACCUGCUUGCAAGUUUGAAGAGGUCAAACUGGUAGUCGAUCGAAGGCUACUUUUGAACCGGGCUCGUAAGCUAAAAAUGUAUCGGAUUUGGUUGCAGGGUGAAUUCCGGAAACCUAUCCUAUAG